AUGGCUCAAUUUAUUAAGAAAAAUAUUUUUAAUACAGAGUUGAAUGCUGACUCUGUUGAGUGGUGUCCUAUUAAAAAUUAUAGAAAGUUUUUUAUUUGUGGCACAUAUCAGUUAUCUAAGUCUGAAAACUUGAAAGAUGCCAAAAAAAAGAAUCCUAAGGAACUGAGAAAGGGUCAUCUGUAUUUGUUCCAAUUAGUUCAAGAACCAGAAAUUUUUAAACUUGUUGAACGAAUUGCUAUGGUAGGUAUUCUGGACUGUAAGUGGGCACAUAGACCGAUUGCCAACAAUAUUUUUCUUGCUAUUGCUACUGCACUUGGGGAUAUUCGAAUUUUUAAACUCCAAGAUGAAAGUACAGUUUCAUUAAAACAUGUAUGUACUCAUAAAUUAAGUUCAAGUAAAACAACCAUAGCCUUAUCCUUGGAUUGGUCAACUGGUCUUAAUGAAUCAGAUGUGAAAAUUGUUAUAAGUGAUUCUGAAGGUUUUAUUACACUUGUAUCUUUUGCUGAUGGUCAAUUAUGUGAAGAUUGUAAAUGGAAACUCCAUGAUUUUCAUGCUUGGAUUGUUGCAUUUAAUUAUUGGAAUACUAAUGUAUUUUAUUCAGGUGGUGAUGACUGCCAACUGUUUAUUUAUGAUAGAAGAAGUGACAAAGUUGGAAAAAAUGAUAAAGUCCAUACUGCUGGUAUAACAAGUAUGCAAAUGAAUUUGAAAAAGGAACAUUCUCUCAUUUCCGGAAGCUAUGAUGAAAAAGUUGCUUUUUGGGAUGUUCGCCAGAUGAAAUCGCCAAAAAAUCUUAUAAGUACAGGUGGAGGAGUUUGGAGAUUGAAAUGGGAACCAAAUGAAUGUUCUGAUUUGGCUGCAGCAUGCAUGCACAAUGGAUUUCUUGCAAUCGAUGGAAAUAAUGGUUCGAUUAUUGCAGAAUAUAAAGAACAUUCAAGUCUUGCAUAUGGGAUAGAUUGGUCAUCUCUUGAACAAAGAGAAAUUUCAGAUUAUUUUGACAUUGAGACAUUUGGGGAUAAAAAAUUACAUGUUCUUUCCAUGUGUUCUUUUUAUGAUAAUCUAUUAUCUAUAGCAAUUCUCCAAAAAGGAUUGUAA